AUGUGUAAAUGCUUUAUCAGGGGAUUAAAACCUGAUAUUGAACAGAGAAUCGCGAGAGAUUUAGAUGUUCAGGCCACGGUGGCCGACGCAUUAAGGAUAGAAAGAGAACUCCGCGACAUCACAGAUUUACGACAAGGCCAAAAUAACAAUUCAGAGAAGAACCGAUUGCGAGAAACCUGUCAAAUUUGCUAUAAAGAAGGGCAUUCGGCCUCUGCCUGUAGGAAACUAACUCAACAGUCCUAUAACAAAUCUCCCUUAGGAACAGAAAUUUUAAUCUGUCAGAUUUGUAAGAAACGAGGACAUAGUGCCGAUAAAUGCCAAUUACGUGAUCCUCAGACUCGUCAAUCCGUCAAUAUAGUGCAAGAAAGUAGCAUUAUCUGUCAGUUGUGCUCUAAAAUCGGGCACAACGCCAAAGCGUGUCGGAUGAAUAACAAUAACGAACCGUACAAACCUUCGAUAAUUUGCCAAUGGUGUGAUAAACCCGGACAUUCAGCAAAUAAUUGCUGGAAAAAACAGAAUGAACAAAGAAAUGUAGGAAAUAAACUGAGGGUUACCUGUCAAAUAUGUAAUAACAUUGGCCAUAUUGCAAAAGAUUGUCGAUCCAAAACGGAGCAAAAUAAAGAAUCUAAAAACUCCGUAUUCUGCCGUUAA